AUGGCGAAGCAGACAGUGGAACUUCCUUUCAUUGUCUCGACAGACGUGAAACGGCCGGACAAAGAGACGCAGAGAUUCAUCAGAAGCCACGUAAUGAAGGGCAAGAAUAAGGGAAAGUUGCACCACACUAAAGGCAAAGGUAUUGGAAGCUCGACCCAUGCAAGGACAACAGACGAUACUACCGAGACCCCAAAGCAAGGCCCAUCCAUUUGGGAUUAUCGACCACUCGGCUUUAUCCGGACAAGAGUGGGCUCAGAGCUGGCGUUCGUCCCUUUUGCGGACGAAAUCGACUUAUCAUUGGCAGCCCCUGUCAUCAAGUCGGCCUUGUUCCCAUUAGAAAGCUGCAUGGAACUGAUCGAGCCACCGCAGGCUUCGUGGGUUGCAACUCUCUGCACUGAUGCGGUCUACCUCAAUGCCACGAUCUUCGCCGUACAAGUCUAUUUCGACUUGCUGGCCGGUCGUGAAUUGGAGCCUGUAUCACCACUAAUGCCAACAUACACUCCCUUUUCCAAGACUCUUCGUCUUCUUCGAGAAAGUAUCGAGGAGUUUGUGGCGUAUCCCGACCAAAUUUCAAACCUCAUUCCAUCCUCAUUCCGAUUUGAGGAGGAACAACUUGUUAGCAGUCGAAGCCUGGGUGUAACCGAUUCCACACUUAGUAAAGCUUGGGAGACCAUGCAAAUUUUCUGCUCGCUCGUCAACUACGCGGCAGGAUCCCAGCGAAAGAUAUCACAAGAAAUUGUCCUCGACACCAUGGCAUCAGUCAUGUAUCGCGUGGUUCGCAUGAAGUUCCCAUCCGACAGCCUGCAGGAGGUGUUGCGCAUAGGUCUGUUGGCCUUUUGCUCACAUGUUUUCUUGCAGUGGUCAAAUGUGCGGCUACCGCACCGUCAUUUGCCGACCAUGUACCGGGAGUGCUUACUCGAGCUCUGUCGUUCCGAGACGGCCUCACCCCAGACUAUGCUGUGGUUUCUGAUGGUGGGUGCCAUGGCAGUGUUCCCACCGGGAGACACUUGGCUAAAGCCUUGGCUGAGGUUGGCGACGGACAUGUCUGACGCAGCUUCUUGGGGUGAUGUCCGAGCGGAAUUGAAGAGGUUUUUGUGGAUCGACUUUGUCCAUGAUAGAUGCGGAGGGUUUUCGACCAUGUUCGCAACCCUUCGCGCUGAGGACCGGGACGGAGAAGUAAUUUGUAUCUCGAGCACGACUCAGUUACCACAAUCUGGCCAGAAUCAGAAUCACUUCGCGUGCGAUAGAUCGACAUCACGUAGAAACACGUCGUCGAACGAGCCUACGCCAUCAAGCUCCGAGGAGCUCUUGAUCGUCCCUAACUCGCCCCGACAAAGUUUGAGACGGUCGCCUUCAAGUCAAUCACCAGGACAACCAAACCUGGGAGCUACCAAUCAUGACCAUCCUCCCAGACCGCCGCGUGUGGCGGCAGAUGGAGAAGCCCAGGUGACACCGUCGUCAUUUCAACUUUCAAAGGACUCCGCCCCAGCAUCUGGGGCCCGACUAGGUGGGGAAGACGUAGUCCUGAGCCCGGAGACUCAUGACUUGACCUUGCCGGAUUAUAUCGAGUCAAGUCUCCAAGAUUUUGACAUGGAUGAACUCCUUCAAGCUGACAUCUCGUUCCCUGAAAAUGAGGGCGGAGGAUUCGCGCUGGAUGGUACUUUUGCGUCGAGUACGUCUCCUGAGGACGAUUCAGGGUCAUGUGAAGGCACAUACGACAUUGCAAGAAGUAAUACAUCCUCAGAUGACAUGGAUUGGAAUUUGUACCAGCAUUCCAAGAGGAAGCUUGAGCUAGCAAAGGAGCACCAUCCUCAGGAAUCGAUCAAUAGACCGCCAACGAGGGCCUCUUCUCAAGACGUGAUUUCUACAACCGCCUCUACGCCCUAUUUAGGGGCCAUGAGUGGGAAUCUGGGAACCGCAACUGCACCGAGUUUCCGUCAAUUACGGCAAAGCCCCGCCACUAGGCUGGGGUUGCAUUUCAAGAACACAUCGCCUUCGCCAUCGCCUUGUCGCUGCGUUAGUGUCACCCUCGCUCUUCUCGAAAAGAUCCAAGGCUACAGAAAGUCCACCAGCCUCUGUAUGGCAGAAAAGGCUUUGCAUGCACUCAAAGGGUCCAUAUCACAAUGCCAAGCACUGGCCAGCUGCCGUUCCUGCCGCAGCCCGUCAAGGGUCAUGACAUUUUCGGUACUACUAGUAGAGAAGAUGACAGGUAUGCUCGAAGACAUGGCUUCUACGUGGGACGAAACGAGUAAAAUGUUCUCGGGCCAGCAGGGAAUAGCGUCCCAUGCGGACACGGAUAGCCAUGCGCGCGGAUGGUCCCCAAUCCAUCUUGGCCAAUAUCGGAUUGAUAGUGCGCAGGAGUGGCAUGAAGUAUUUGGGUUCUUGGUUCUCCUGCAGGUGCGACGCCUUAGCCGCUUCUUGGAUGGACUAGAGCGCCGAGCGGGAAGAGAAGGCUGGGACUCGCACCAGGGCAACUUGGGAUCGGUGGCGCUUAGGAUACAGGAGCUGCAGGAAGCCUUAGGCGGCAUGACAACGGGUAUUGGUAGAUAA